UACCUCGGUAGUGUGUGCUCAAAAGUGCCAAAGCAGAGUCUAACAACACCGUUUAACACCAUCAUGUCUGUCUUGCGGACAUUGGCACUGUUGGCUAUCGGAGCCACCGUUGUGCUGGCUCAGCGACGUCUAGCCCUACCAGAUCCCCGAAGCUGCGCAAACCGUGUUCGACAUGCGACGUAUCGUGACGCCCGAGGAGUAGCACAUUCGUACUUCUUCAGCUGGGAACAUGCGCCGACGCGCAGCUUGGAAGUUGACUGGCUGGAUGCCCGUAAUAUCUGUAGGCGACACUGCAUGGAUGCCGUCUCGAUGGAAACUCCGCAGGAGAACGAAUUCAUCAAGCAGCGCAUCGCUCGUGGAAACGUACGGUACAUCUGGACCUCCGGACGCAAGUGUAACUUUGCCGGAUGCGAUCGCCCGGAUCUGCAGCCACCGAACGAGAACGGCUGGUUCUGGUCCGGAUCGGGUGUCAAGAUUGGACCGACCACUCAGCGCAACACCGGUGACUGGAGUUACACCGGAGGAUACGGCCAACAGCAACCGGACAACCGUGAAGCAGCUCAGGGUAACGAUGAAUCUUGCCUUUCGAUCCUGAACAACUUCUACAACGAUGGACUGAAGUGGCACGACGUUGCCUGCCACCACCUGAAGCCCUUCGUGUGCGAAGACUCAGACGAGCUGUUGAACUUUGUUCGCUCCCGUAACCCGGGCAUCCGUCUAUAAGC